CUCCAGAUACCGGUCAUGUGACCCCGUGCCGGAAGUUUCCUCAUCGUUAUGGCGGCGGAGAAAUGUCAUAAGUGAAGAGUUCUCCAGUGAAAACCCAGCAGAACCCGGAGUGGAGCCGACAGACCGAGGCCUCCUGGAGAACAUUAGACUGUCAACAGCGACAUGGGCCUGGAGAAGCGGAAGUAGAGCCGAGAAAAGCAGCAGAGCGGCGGCGGAAGAGGAGAAGUUUGAGCCCUGACUCAUCGUUCAGGCGUGUCCUCUGGCCCCUCCUCCUGGUCACCAUGUCUGUGGCUGAGCCGACGUCGGACUCGGCGCCGUUCUUCUCUGACGACAGCGAGGCGGAGGGUUCAGACGAGCGGCGUGAGGUUGCGGAGGAGCCGGCAAGCGGCGUGUCACGGGUCCGAGCCUUACUCACCGUCCUCAUCCUCUGUUACAUCAACCUCCUCAACUACAUGGACCGCUUCACCGUGGCAGGUGUUCUCCCAGACAUCGAACAUUACUUUGGGAUCAAUGAUGAGAAGUCCGGUCUCCUCCAGACAGUUUUUAUCUGCAGCUACAUGUUCCUGGCGCCAUUGUUCGGUUACCUCGGCGACCGCUACAACAGGAAGUACAUCAUGAGCGCCGGCAUCUCCUUCUGGUCUCUGGUGACGUUGGCCAGUUCCUACACCCCCAAAGAGCACUUCUGGGCUCUGCUGCUGACGCGGGGCCUGGUGGGCGUUGGCGAGGCCAGUUACUCCACCAUUGCCCCCACCAUCAUCGCAGACCUCUACGUCCAGGGGAAGAGGACCAACAUGCUCUCCAUCUUCUACUUCGCCAUUCCGGUCGGCAGUGGUCUCGGGUACAUCGUGGGUUCCCAGGUCAGCGCUCUGGCCCAAGACUGGCACUGGGCUCUGAGGGUGACCCCCGGUCUGGGUCUGAUCGCCGUCCUGCUGCUGCUCGUCAUCGUCCAGGAGCCGAAAAGAGGCGCCAUCGAAGCCCGACCGGAGCAGCAUCUGCACCAGACUAGCUGGAUCAAAGACCUGCAGGCCCUGAGGAGGAAUCGCAGCUUCGUGUUGUCCACCUUCGGCUUCACGGCGGUGGCAUUCGUCACCGGUUCGCUGGCACUCUGGGCUCCCACCUUCCUCCUCCGGGCCGCCAUCUUCUCCGGAGAAAAGGUGCCGUGUGAGGAGGGUCAUUGCUCCUCCUCCGAAAGUCUGAUUUUCGGCAUCAUCACCUGCGUCACGGGCAUCCUGGGUGUGGCCAGCGGCGUGCAGGUGAGUCGCGCACUGAGGACGAAGACGCCCAGGGCCGACCCUCUGGUCUGCGCCGCCGGCCUCCUGCUGUCGGCGCCCUUCCUUUACCUUGCCAUCGUGUUCGCCGAGGCCAGCACCAUCGCCACAUACGUCUUCGUCUUCUUCGGGGAGACCUUCCUGUCCAUGAACUGGGCCAUCGUGGCGGACAUUCUACUGUAUGUGGUCGUCCCCACGCGCCGAUCCACUGCCGAGGCGCUGCAGAUCGUCGUGUCCCACCUCCUCGGAGACGCCGGAAGUCCGUACCUGAUCGGAGUGGUGUCGGACGCCCUUCGGCGGUCGGACUCCUUCCUGUGGCAGUUCCGCUCUCUGCAGCUGUCUCUGCUGCUCUGCGCCUUCGUGUCCGUGGUGGGUGGGGCUUUCUUCCUCGCCACCGCCCUCUUCAUUGAGAAGGACAGACAGCGGGCAGAGAACUACGACCCAACAGAUGACGAGCCCAUUGUGGUUCCGAAAAGCGGGCGUUCGACCCGGGUUCCGGUGUCCAGCGUCCUGAUCUGACGGCAUCGGUCGUUAAAUGGAACUGGACUGUUCUACUGUUGGACGGUGGACUGUUGGACCCUUUGGACUGCUGAACACUUUGGACCGUUGGCCACUUUGGACUGAGACAUUUUCACCGAAUCGGACCCAAGACUCUGAUGGAACCCGGCUGAUCCGAGACCAGCCACCAACCCAGAACCAGAAGGGUCCGCUGUGUUCAGUUUGAUCCGUUUUCUAGCCUCGUGUUUGUAUCAGAUUGUUUUAACCCAAACAUCGAAGAAGAACCUGCACCUUUUUAUUCCACUUUUCAUCGUCUUUUAAAGCUUUUCUUGUGUUUUUAAUGACUUUUCUUCGUCAGCUUCAGGAAAAGACAUUUUAAAUCAAUGUUCAUAAUCAACGGUAUUUGUUAACUCAGAUUAUUUUUUUGUCAACCAUUAAAUGAGAAUUUACUUGAAUUAUG